CUUAUUUAAUGGAGCCCUUGUGCAUUAGCAGCAACGAAUCAAGUGAAGGCUGCUGCCCUCCAUCUGGUACCAGACAAGAAGGAAGGGAAAUUAAAGCUAGCGAAGGAGAAAGGGAGCUCUGCAGAGAGACUGAAGAGCUUUCAGCCAAAGGAGACCCCUUAGUAGCUGAAAAGCCACUGGGAGAAAAUGGAAAGCCACAGGUGGCUUCAGCUCCCUCCAUUAUUUGUGCAGUUCAGGGACUACUCACAGAGAGUGAAGAGGGGGAGGCUCAGCAAGAAUCCAAAGGGGAGAACCAGGGUGAAGUAUACGUGUCAGAGACGGUAGACCAGCCCCCUUCAGGCGAGUGUGAUGAUGCCUUUAACAUUAAGGAGACUCCCUUGGUGGAUACACUUUUCAGCCACGCUACCUCCUCAAAGCUGUAA